UAUGAUAAACCAGAAGAUGGAAGGCUGAUUUAUACUGGGAACCUGGCCCGCUCAGUAUUUGGUGUGAAAUGUUUCUCUUAUUCUACAAGUAUGAUCAGCCUUGCACUUUUACCACAUCUUCUUUCACAAAAUAAUAUGAUAUUUGGAAGUCUGCCUUUGCAAAUCUUAUUUUAUGGAAUCAUGGGAAGCUUUACAGUGAUCACUCCCAUUCUGCUUCAUUUCCUUACAAAAGGCUAUGUCAUUCGGUUGUACCAUGAAGCCACAACUGACACUUACAAAGCCAUUACUUACAAUGCUGUGCUUUUGGAAACCAGCACAGUGUUUCAUCAAAAUGAUGUGAAGAUUCCAGAGAGCUCACAUUUAUUUACCACCUUUUAUGCUAAAACAAAAUCUCUAUUAGUCAAUCCAUGGCUCUUUCCAAACCCUGAGGACUAUAACCAUCUAAUGGGUUAUGACAAACCAUUCACUUUUGAUGUAGAAGUUAGUGAACAGAAACUGCAUGAGGAUGAAAAAUGAAUCUGUUUUUUGUUUUUGUUUAAAUGUCAUGUGUAUUUCGGUGUAUAAUGUUACCUAUAUUUUAUUAUUGUUAAUGAUUAAAAAAAGUUUAAAGGCUGAAGA